AUGGACACAUCAGUUGUCUACGCUGACUUAAACUUAGCCAAGACUCAAGGCCUUAGGCAUGUAUCACCCCCAUCUCUCCACUCAGGUACCUGUCGGUGCCCACACUGGCAUCGGUUGGCUCUGAAACUCAGCUGUGCUGGGCUGAUCCUUCUUGUCCUGAGCCUGACUGGACUCAGUGUCUCAGUGGGAUUCUUAGUGCAAAAACCACCAAUAGAAAAAUGCAGUGCGGCUGCUCAAGAGAACAGGACUGAACCAAAAGGGAGAUCAGCCAUGCUAACGUGUCCAGGAGACUGGCAUUCAUACCGGGAUAAAUGCUUAUUUAUUUCUCAAACUUACGGAAAUUGGUCUGAAGGUCUAGCUGACUGCUCUAUGAAAGAAGCUACUUUGCUGUUCAUUGAAGAUGAAGAAGAAUUGAAAUUCAUUCAGGAUUUCUUAAAGAGCAAAGAACAUCAAUUUUUUAUUGGGAUAAAUUAUGUACCAGCUGAGAAGACAUGGAAGUGGAUCAAUGGCUCUAUUUUAAACCCUGAUCUAUUACAGGUCACUGGCAAGGCCAAAGAAGACAGCUGUGGUGUCAUCUCAAAGACAGAAGUGUUUUCUGAAACCUGUUCUGCAGACAACCGUUGGGUCUGCCAAAAGAAACUGAAGCAUGUCUGA